AAGACAAGGGACAUAAUUAUACAAAAUUUGAAUAGCCUCAGGAGUUAUCUCCUUUGAACAAAACAUACGGUCUGAACACGGACUACAAUCUAGGUAGAGGACCACUAGGCAAUGCUACAUACCAAGUAUCAAAGGCCUAGGACUUGAACUUUCAGACAAGAAGAUUUUAAAAGUUUUUUUCCUAUGUAUUAAGUCUAUGUGAAACUUGGGAUCCCCUGGGGCAGGGCCUCUUUUCACCCAAGGUGCAUAAUUUGAAAUGUAAAACCCUCGUUGACAAGAAACAUAUAAUAAGUUUUUAGCAAAGUUUAAGUAAAAGAUCAAUUUUUAAGUUCCUGGUUGAAAACAAUGAUUGUAUACACUCAGCUGAAAAGAUUUUAAAGUGCGGUGAUUAUAAGUUUUAUACUCUCAUUUCUGUCAACAGCUUACAAUAUUUAAAGGCACCUGAAACAGCAGGACAUUUUUUUUUCAUUAUUAGACAAUGAAUGUUGUAAAAAGAAGUUUUCUGACAACAUUUUUUCUGUUCAUUAACUGUCACUGUUCUGUAAUCAAUAUUGCUGGAACUAAGCCAUGGUCAGGAUGUACACAAGCUACAAAGACUGACCUAAACUGCCGUUUUAUACCUAAAGAUAUUCCAGAUGGGAUUAAAAGGGUCUACUUGCAACAAGAAGAGACUGGACGUCCUUUGCCAAAAGUAGUUACGAAAGGAAUGUUUACAGCAAAGAACUGGAAUGAGAUUGAAUAUCUUGAAUUUAAAUACGAACACAAUCCUUUAAAAAAAAUUGAUUCAAACGGACUAUCUAAUUUACUGAAUUUGCGAGAACUGCAUGUUCACGCAGACUUUCUUGAUGAACUACAUUCUGAUGCCUUUGUAGGUCUUGGAAAACUUCAAGUACUGGACCUGUCAACAUGUCCUAGUCUUUCAACUGGUAACCUAAUGCAAGCGCUUAAUGGCUCCGAUAAAUUACCAAACAUGCAGAAACUAUCCAUAGUAUGGAUGAAUUCUUAUUACGGAGGUAUAGAAAUAGGACCUGAAAUGUAUGAAAUUCUUCGAACUAAACAACUUAAAUCAUUGGAUAUCAGUAACUGUGAUAUUGCAUUUUUAGAUUUGCAAGGAAUCCAGAAACUCACAAAGCUGCAACGUGUAAUUGCUACGAGUAUAAAACUGGCCAGGUACAACAACAUCAAUUAUACUGACACUACAUUGAAUUUAAAAUUACUGAAUUUGAGUUAUGCAACAGUGCCAGAUAAUAUAAUUGGAACAUUAUCAUAUUUAAGAAGUCAGUCAGACCUGGAGUUCACAAUACAAGUAGAUCAUUUAAAACCUAUUUCAAAUUUAGAAACUGUUGAUCUGUCAAACAUAGUAAAACAUGACAUUCCAUUCCAGAUACGCAAUGGGACCCUUAUUGUUAAGACAAGCUUAAAUUGGUCAAUUAACCAUAUAAACCUCCACAGCAACAAUUUUCAAUACCUGGAUCUCAAGAUAGUUUUGAGUGGAUGCAGUCACCUGGAAUCUCUAGAUGUUUCGAACAAUCAAAUGCGAUUUAUUCACCCAGACAUUAUAAAGCAAUGCAAGAAACUCAAACAUCUUGACCUGUCUCAUAAUUCUCUAAACCAGAUGGCAAAUUACAACAAUUCAUAUUUUAAAAAUCUUACUUCUUCCUACUUUAAUAUGACUUCCAUUAAUCUGUCAAACAAUAAGCUUGAAUCAAUUCCUGAGGACUUCUUUCUGUCAAACAAGUUUCUGGAGAUUAUAGAACUAUCAAAUAACUUACUAAAUCAGGCAGAAUUUCAUAUGGAACAUAUGUUGAACCUGAAGAGACUCGACCUCUCAAAUAAUGGUAUAAGUGUCCUCAGUACAAAUAGCAUACAGAGGCUUCAAGCUAUGGUUGAUUCUAGGACCAACAAAUCAACUUUACAAAAUCUUCUGGACCUAAGAAACAACCCUUUCUCUUGUGAACGAUGCGAAACUAUUAAUUCAGUGAAAUGGAUUUUGGAAACGAAUCUUGUUGAUGUUCAAGAACAGCAUCUUUUGUGCCGCAAUGAAAAUGGCAAGUCAGUGCCCAUCAGCAAGGUUGUCCUAACUGAACUUGAAAAAAUGUGUGAACGCCCAAGUCGAAUCACAAGAACAGUUUUCUUAUCAACAUUUUUACCGUUGGUAACAAUUGUUUUCAUAUUCAUAACUAUUUUCCUGAUAAAAAAAUACAAACAUCAACAGAAAUAUGACAAAGUUAUGAAAGAUAAAGUCCGACUAAUUCAGAAAAACAAAGCUGACACUCGUUAUCUUGUUUUCGUUUCAUAUAGUAGCGCAGAUGAAAUGUUCGUUCAGAAGUUUGUAUACCCGGAACUUACACGUCACCUUAAACAGAGAACAAAAACAGACAGAGAACUAGUCUGCAUUGGCGACAAACAUUUUCGACUUGGUAAAAUGAUCAGUGAUGAAAUGGUACACUGUCUUCGACAAUCGGCUGUAAUGCUAAUUCUAGUUUCGAAGAACUAUUGUCACAGUGUUUAUUGCCGUAACGAAUUUGAUCAAGCCAAGCUGUUGGAAAAACCCAUCAUUCUCAUGUUUAAAGAAGAAGUUGAACAAUGUGAAAUGCCGGAUAUGAUGAAGGAAGUAUUCACAAGGUAUUCUAGAGUGCUUUGGGAGUGCAAAGAUGGAAAACCUGUUCUAAAAACAACAUGGGAAAAUGUUUGCACUUCUAUUCUUGAACUCAUGGGGUAACAUUGUACUCUAAUUUUCAUUUGUCAUUAUUCUUGUCAGUAAUCAUGUGUAAAUAAUUGUUUUUGCUUUCUGUUCUUUGAAGAUAAUUAAAACAGAGGCCCUGAAUACAAGCAGUCCAACAAAUAAACAAAGAUCAUGCAGAACAGGUACAAAAUUGUUAGAAUGUUUGAAAACAUGAAAAUGAACUAUUUUUAGGAAGUAUAGGGCUUAGCAUUACGUUUUGAGAAACAAAAAUCAAACAACAUCAAAUCAUAGAAAGAAAGAGUUGUUUAACAUGAAAAUUGAACAGCAUGUAAAACAUGUAUAUUACUUUACGAAACAAGUGUCAGUAUAUUGAUAUAAACAUUGAAUUCCAGAAAAGGACUGCCUAAAGGGGCCCCACUUCCACACAAUCAAACGCCUUUAGAAACUCACCAUUUUACACAAGUUCAUUUUGAUGCAUUUACAACAGCAUGCAAGUGGUGAAAUUUCACAUAACUAGGUGGAGCACAGUUUUCAGCAAUUGUUUAUUUUAAUUCUUCACAAAUGACAUUCAUUUUCAAAGGGGGACAACUUUUUCAGAAUAUUUUAAGUUUCCGUCGCAUGGGGCUGUAAGGCAGAACAUGUAAUGGUCAGGUAAAAUAUUGGUAAAGAUGUUGUGUGUUUAUCAAAUAUUUCUGUGUUUUGGUGAUAUACUCCUAAACCUGAAGAAAAUGAGAAAUAACAAGUAUCUAGAACAAAUUGACAGUGACAUAUUAUUCAAUGUUGGGAAAAAGCCAGUCAAUGUAAGUAUUGACCAGGGGGUCAGUUCUGGUUUAAACCAGUCAAUACUGGUAGAUUCACUACUAAGGUCACUCUUGGGAGGUCAAUACUGAUUUAUUCAACACUUUUACAUUCUUACUCAACAUUUUACAUUCACAGAUUAGCAUAGGCUGUAAUAGUAAUAGAAAAAUAAUAAAGUAAUUUGAAUAAUAUUAACCCUUAGCCUGGUAAAUUUCUAAAACGGACUGGUCAAUCAUUCAAUUCGGGCAGUACCACUUAUUAUUCAAACAGGUGUUUACUGAAAAUUUACAGACUGAAUAGUGAACAGUGCAGACCAUGAUCAGCCUGCACAGAUGACGUGCAAACUUAAAAGACAACUAUUGUUUUAUUAUCAAAUGCAGCCUACUCAUAAGUAUAAGCACUAAAUAGAAAUAUCUGCAGCCUUUGGUCGUUUGUGGUAAAUAAUGUGUAGCGAGUGGUGAAAUUUCACAUAACAAGGAAGAACACAGUUUUCAAUAAUUGUUUAUCUUUAUUUCAAUACAAAUGGCAUUCAUUUUCAAAGGGAGACAACUUUUUCUCGAUGGAUACUUAAAAUAUAAAUUUUGGAAAAAGUUGUCUCCCUUUGAAAAUGAAUGCUAUUUGUAACGAAAUAAAGAUAAACAAUUGCUCAUGUAUAACAACUCAUUCUUUCUAUGAUUUGGUGUUGUUUGAUUUUUGUUUCUCAAAACGUAAUGCUAAGCCAUAAUCUCUUUUCCAGUUCAAUGUAAAUAGAGACUUUAACAUGCCGUGUAAUGUUGUGCUAUGCAGAGCAUGUAGCUAACACCUCUGUGAAGUGUAAGUGGUCUCUAAUCUAUUUUGCACUAACUACUUACAAGUUUACAUACAUAAGUGCUCCUUUUCAUAAAUUGAUAACUAAAAUUGGAACAUGAUCAGAAUCACCUAGACUGUUCUCUGUGUAAUCUGUUUUUUUUUUGGGAGACUAAACAAUAAUCAUUAUAGAGGAGUUUUCUGAGCUUUAAGAACUUUGUAGAAUUUUACAUGUGUUUAUGCUCUUUUCCUUUUAUAUAUGUUAAUGUUUAUUUUUUGAUAUGUUGCUCACAAAAGAGUUAUUGUUGUAAUAAACAAUUAACCUGUUGUAAA